AUGGCCGUGACUCCGUGGCAGUUCAAGUUCUUCGACGUCUCGCAAGUGAAGCUCCCGGACGACGAGAGCGCGUUCCUCGCCGAGCCCGGCAACACUACGAGCGUCGUCUCCGGCUCCGGGAGCAUCUUCGUAGGCAGCGCCGAUGGCGUCGUCCGCAUCCUGUCGCAGGCCUUCAAGGUCGUGCGCGCCUUCCAGGCCCACGAUGCCGGCGCAAUCACCUACAUGAAGCAGGUCGAGGGCACUGCGCUGCUCGUCACCAUCGCCGAGGACCUGUCCAACGAGCCCGUGCUGAAGGUCUGGGCACUCGACAAGCUGGAGAAGAAGACGGGCAUCCCACGCUGUCAAAGCACCCUCCCGAUCCAGAAUGGGCGCAAGCAGUUCCCCAUAUCAGCCUUUGCCGCCCUCGACGAUCUGUCGCAGCUUGCCGUAGGGUUUGCGAACGGCGCCGUCACGGUGGUCAGAGGCGACCUGAUCCACGACCGGGGAGCGCGGCAGCGCACUGUCUUCGAGUCGGAGGAGCCCAUCACCGGCAUCGAGUUCAGGGAAGGGAACAUCACCACCCUCUAUAUAGCCACAACCGCACGUAUCAUGACCCUCGUGAUAUCAGGCCGCGGCCAGGGGCAGCCAGCCAAAUCCCUGGACGAGUACGGCUGCGGGAGAGACUGCAUAGCCGUGGACAAGACCACGCGAGACGUUGUUGUAGGGAGAAACGAUGCCAUCUACUACUACGGUCAGCACGGGCGAGGCCCGCCGUAUACCUACGAAGGCGAGAAGAAGAUGGUCUCGACCUACAAGGAUUACGUCGUAAUCGUGGCACCACCCAAGUCGAAUGCAAUACCUAGGUCGAAUCCGUUGAGGGCUUUCGGUGUCGGUGCAGCCGACGACGCUUUCAACACAUCGACCUUUACGUUACUGAACACCGAGCUGCGGUAUGUAGCGCAUCAGGAGCAGUUGACAUCACAAGUGCAGCACAUCAUUUCUGAGUGGGGUGAUCUCUUCAUCUUCACAAUCGAGGGCAAGAUCUUCAGAUACCAUGAGAAGCCGUUUGCGCAGAAACUCGACAUGCUCUAUCAGAGAAAUCUCUACGUGCUUGCGAUCAAUUUGGCCCAAAAGGCUGGUCUCGAUGCGUCGCAGCAGAAUGUCAUACUCAGGAAGUUCGGCGACUACCUCUACUCGAAGCAGGACUACGACACAGCCAUGCAGCAGUAUCUAAAGGCCAUUGAUAACACGGAACCUUCUCAAGUCAUACGAAAAUUCCUAGAUACACAGAGGAUACACAACUUGAUCGAGUACCUGGAAGAGCUCCACGAUCACCACAAAGCCACCUCAGACCACACGACUCUAUUGCUGAACUGCUACGCGAAACUAAAGGAUGUCGACAAGUUGGAGGAAUUCAUCAAAUCGCCUGAUGACCUGAAGUUCGACCUAGAUACCGCCAUUUCCAUGUGUCGCCAAGGAGGCUACUACGACCAGGCUGCUUUCCUUGCCCGUAAACAUGGCGAACAUGAGCUUGUAGUUGACGUCCUCAUCGAAGACUCGAAGCGAUAUGCGGAAGCACUAGCCUACAUCUGGCGGUUGGAGCCUGAGGUCGCCUACUUCAAUCUCAUGAAGUACGCUACAGUUUUGCUUCAGCAAAUACCCAGGGACACUACACAACUGUUUAUCGAUUACUACACAGCAGUUUUCCAACCCAAAAAGGACGCGAUUGUGAUCCCAACCGCCCCUUCGUCGGGAGGUGGAAUGGGCAUGGGGCUCGGUGUGGCGUCGAGCGCAGUGCAAAACCUCGCGGCGCUGUUACCACUACCAUACAUGAACACCAACGCGCUGGCGUCGCCUCCCACAGGUGAACAGAAGAGCACGAUGAGCCAAGCUCAGAUCAUUGAACAAACCUCGGACGAGCCUGCGCCCGAGUACAAGGUCCCCAAACCACGAACUGCCUUUUCUGCAUUCGUCGAUCACCCUCAAGAGUUCAUUGUGUUCCUUGAGGCUUGCAUCAACUCGGACAACCUGCGAGAGGAUGACAAAGUUGAUCUCUACACGACAUUGUUCGAGAUGUAUCUACAUAGUGCAUCGUCAAAGAAAGACGGUGAGCGGCAGGCUUGGGAGAACAAAGCGAGGAAGCUCGUCGAGAAAAAGGACAUUCCCAUCGACACUUCAAACGUUCUGUUGCUUUCUCAUCUCUCCGAUUUCCGCGAUGGUGCAAUACUCGUCCGUGAGCAGCAGGGACUCCACUUCGACAUCUUCCGUAGCUACACCGCUACGAACGACACGCAAGGUGCAAUCCGCGCGCUGCGCAAGUACGGUCCGGAGGAGCCAGCUCUCUACCCUGCCGCACUAGCGUACUUCACCUCUUCCCCUGAGAUACUGGCUGAGGCUGGCGACGAGCUCGAUUCAGUUCUCAAGAAGAUCGACGAAGACGGGCUCAUGGCGCCCCUCCAGGUCAUCCAGACUCUCUCCACAAACGGCGUCGCUACCAUGGGUAUGGUCAAAUCCUACCUCAGCGCGACCAUUGAGCGCGAACGUGUCGAAAUCGCAACCAACAGACGCACCAUCGAGACGUUCCGCGCCGACACAGAAAGCAAGAAGACGGAGCUUCAGAACCUCAACACGAAGCCGGUGGUGUUCCAAGCAGCUCGCUGCAAGGUGUGCAACAAGGCUUUGGAAUUGCCAGUCGUGCACUUCCUCUGCAAGCACAGCUUCCACCAGAGUUGUCUGAGCACAGACGAGGAUGUCCGGGAUGCCGAAGUCGAGUGCCCGAUCUGUAGCGGCCAGAACGCAACCGUCAAGGCGAUUCGGCGCGCUCAAAUCGAGAGCGCAGAAAGACACGACCUGUUCGCGGAUGCACUGCGCAGGAGCAGGGAUGGGUUCGCGGUUAUCAGUGAGUGGUUUGGCAGAGGAGUCAUGGGCGUGGAAGGGAAGGACUAG